GGGUGCAUGAAGGAGGAGGUGCAAGUGGUAGGAGUGACUCCCGUUCCAGAAUACGGUUGGGCGGUUUAAGCCACUAGCUCCUCCUCAGAGCCAGAAUCUGGAAUCAACAACGCGAGUCUUCACAGUCGACACACAGAUCAAGUCAUGGCGAGUGGCAGAGUUCUACGACUAUUUAGUAGGCCUAUAACUAACCUGUCGGUACAUCCAUCUCUCAGCCUCUUUCGACAGAGAGCGGCCGUGGCCGCUGUUACUGCGACCCAAAGACCGUUCUCCAGUGAUGCACCUCCUCCCGAGCACAUCAGCAGAUACCCGGUGCCAUACAAGAAGGACCUGCCAUUCGACAUCGUGGAGCUGAUGGAGGAAGUGGAGACCAAGGGGGGAUUUUUGCCUAAUGUUUUUAAAGUCCUGGCACACCGACCAGCAGAGUUCAGGGCAUUCUUCACUUACUACAAUGAGCUGAUGAACAAGGAGACAGGACAACUGACGAAGGCAGACCGGGAGCUCAUUGUGGUCGCCACCAGCAUCCACAACCAGUGUCUCUACUGCGUCGUAUCCCACAGUGCAUUGCACCGCAUCUACUCCAAGAAACCCACACUAUCAGACCAGGUGAUAGUGAACUAUGAGAAUGCAGAUCUUUCCCCUAGGGACCGCGCCAUGUUGGACUUUGCCAUGGCAGUGUGUCGCAGCGAUACAAUCACCGACCAGCACUUCCUGUCUCUUGAGGAAGUGGGCUUUGAUCGUGAGGAUGCUUGGGACAUUGCUGCCAUUGCCGCCUUCUUCGCCAUGUCUAACCGCCUGGCCCACCUGACGGACAUGAGGCCCAACUCAGAGUUCUACAACAUGGGCCGCAUGCCCCGGGACAAGAGCAGAGACAAGAGCAAGCCAGAGGGGAGUGGAGAAACUGGCCAGUAAAUAUAAAAGUGUGUGUGUGUGUGUGUUCCCCUAAUAUUAUUCCUAUUCGUCAAACUUUGUCCUUAACUGUCUUCUGACCUUUAAGGAAAGUGACUGUAAGACCAUAAAGAGGCGUGCUUAAAGAGUAAAUAAACACCCCAAAAAAAAUUUUGGAGUAAAAAUCAAAUGAUUAAUACUCACUCAAGGAUGAACAUGUCAAUCCUGUUCUAUAUUUAGACUAUUCUUUGCUAAAUAAAUAUUUUGCACUUCU